UCUGUGAGGAGGAUGGAGCUGGAAAUCUAAACAGGGCAGCUGGAGCCUGCAGAGUUCCAGUGAAGCUCCGAGCCUGACCUUCUUUCCUACUGAGCCCGACACCAAACUUCCCUGAUCUCUGUAGAGGAGUCACUCCUUUGACCACCCCAUCAGCACACCAUGAAGAUCUGGGUUGUGCUCUGCCUGGCACUGCUCUGGCUGGAGCUACACAAUGGUGACUGCCAACAAGUCAAGCGAAGGAAAGAUGUAGGAGAGAACCGCAUCAGACCAGGGGGGAAACGGGUGAAGGUGCGACAACCCAAACCUAAGGAUGUAGGGGGGAAAGGCCAGUCCCUGCUGACCCAGGUCUUAGACAAGGGCCGCUUCCUUCGCCUGGGCCAGACCACUGAUCUGACUCCUGGGAAGAACAUAGAGCUGCGCUGCAAAGGCAACAACAUCGGAUGGUCGUACCCAACCUACCUGGACACCUUCAACGACUCACGCCUCAGCAUCAAGCAGAGCGACAAGUACAGUCAGCUGAUCUUGACGUCACCCUCUGCCGCUGACACGGGGCCCUACAGCUGCUGGGUGGUAGUGUGUGAUGGGACAGAGUGUGAGAAGGACCAUGAUCGAGCCUACGUCUCAUACAUCUAUUUCACAGACAAAGAUAACCUCUUCGUCCCCUCUGCCAUCCACUUUGAGAUUGUGUACCUGCGCCCAGACAGUCCCGCUGUGGUGCCCUGCCGUGUGACCGACCCACAGGCCAAGGUGUCCCUGCACAGAGAAGUACCCGCAGAGGAGAUCACAGCCAACGACACCCUGGUGACCUAUGACCCCACCAAGGGCUUUGUCUUGCAGAGCCCCAGUCCAGAGCACCAGGGAGUCUUCUACUGCAAGGCUGUGACCAAGGGCACCCCUCAGGUCUCCACUAUGUACCAGCUGCUCUAUGUGGAGGUUCCCAGUGGUCCACCGUUUGUGAGCCUAGAGGCGUCUCCAGACUCCGCGAGAGGAGGCGACAACGUUAAUGUCACCUGCACCGUGCUGGGGGAGCCAGAAGUGGACGUGAGCUUCACUUGGUCUUAUCCUGGUCAGGACCAUCGUCCUGUUCACAUCUUAACCUCCUGGCGGCUGGUGAACAGGGGUAUGGCCCACACCACAAGGGUCUCCCAAAGUGUCAUGACUGUAGAGGACAUGGAGACCAUUGACUUUGGGAACUACAUCUGUAAAGCCAAAAACCAGCACGGUGAGACGAUCGUGACAAUCGACAUCAUCUCCAAAUAGUCUCAGCAGCAGGCCCUGUGUUAUGUUAUGGAUGAUGUUGGAGUGUUUUGACAUUUUUUUAAAGAUAUAACUGUAACAACCAGUGAGAGCACAUGAAAUCAACAUGUAUAUACUUACAAACGGAUGUAUUUUUAGAUUGAACAUGGUAAUAACA